GGGGUUUGCCUCGAAACGCCGGCGUUGCCCUUGUAUAGGCCUGUUACGCCCCGGAGCGACGCCGUUCGUGCGGUUCAGGUGGUCCCCGGGACAGGCCCACCGCAGCUCCCCACGAGCAGCCGGCGUCGAGCGCUGCCUAGCGCCGACCAGAGCAGGUACAGGGGCAGCCCCCCCGCGCGCCGCCGCCGCGCCUUCAUCAAACGCGCCGCCGCCGACGAGGCAGUCGCACGCACCGACGAGCCGCGCGCGGCCCGCGGCGACCGCCACACUAAACGAUGGACGUCGACGUCGAGGGCGAAGGAGCGUCGAGCGGCCUCAAGGGCUUAUUGGAGGACGACGACCAGGCCCUCUCGCUCUCCGCCUUCGAGACCCUCGAGAAGGAGUUCCAGGACGUCCUCGCGACGCUCGCUGGAGAUGAAUCUUUAGACGAGUUUAGGGCCGAAUACGAGAAGGUCCACCGCGCUUUAGUUCGCAGCCACGUGCGCUCGCGGCGUCCCGUCUUGCGGUGCCUUCGACUCGUGGCCAUCUCACGAGGCCGUGGGUGGUCUCUUUUCCGAUUUCGAGCGACCGCGACGCCCCGCGCAGGACCACGAAAGAAAACUCAUUAAAAAAGUCAAGGACCUGAAUAAUGAGAUCGUGAACAACGCCUCCAAGGUCCACACGGCCCUCAAACUCAGUCAAGAUGAUCAACAGACCAUCACGACGCUGCGGAGCGAGGUCGAGAAGGCCUGGAAGAUGGUGCGAUCUCGGCGUUUUGAGGUGUUGCGGUGCCUUCACUUCCUUGGAUGGACUCGUGGCCAUCGCACGAUGCCGGGGGUCGUUUCUUUUUCGAUUACGAUGCUCCGCGCAGGUCGACACCGCGCAAUCGAAAGAAACGAGCGCCAAAGAAACGAUCACGUCGCUCAAGGAGGAGAUCGCGAAUUUGAGCGGUCUCGUCGAGAAGAGCGCCGCGUUGACGGGCACGCAAGAGGGCCUGGUCCAAGAAUUGACCGCGGCGAGGGACGAGCUCCAACGGCAGACGGACGAAGCGACCGGGACGUGCAAGGUCCUCGAGACGCAGUUGACCAACAUGACCGAGGUCCUUGAGAGCGAGCGUGUCGAGUGCGCCACGCUCCGAGGGGACAAGGCGGACCUCGAGCAAAGUCUCCAAGCUCGGUCGGCAGAAGUCCAGAGGGGUCAAAGGUCGAAGGAGCGCCUCGACAAGGAGCUCAAGAACACGCUCAAGCUCCUCGAGGCUCGCACGGGCGAGCAGGAAGCUUUGCAGGCCGAAGCGACGGAGGCGAAAACCCACGGGAAAGAGCUCGAAACGCAAUUAAACGACGCCAGGAACACCAUGGACAAAUAUUUAAGGGACUACGACACGCUCUACCAGCGCACGCAAAAGCUCACGGAGGACCUCGAGGAGCAGAUCACGAAGAACCAGCAGCAGCACCUCGAGGGUGCGUAUCUCGGCGUUUUGACGUGUUCAUGUGACUCGUGGCCAUCUCACGAGGUCGUGGGUGGUUUUAUAUGCGAUUUUGAGGCCCUUCGGACCGCGUCGGGGCCGCUCGGUCGCCGUCGACGCGACGCCUCGACGUUGUCACGCUCUCCCUGAGACGACACCGUCAUCCCGCCGCAGGCGUGCAACACCAAAAAACGAUCAAGCAGACGAAUGAAGCUGUUAUAAGGUUAGAUCUGGAGAAGAAGCAGGCCGUCCGCAAAGCUGACAGAGAACAUAGAACCAUGCUCCAGUACAAGACACUACUUGCUGAAAGUAAGACGCCAUUGCUACUCGCGCAGAAGGAGAUCGCGUCGCUGCAGAAGGAGCUCGACGGCUUCCGGAAGGCGGUGGAUGCCAAAGCGAAGGAAAGGGACGCGAUGGAGCGCGCGGCGAAAUUUGCGAAAGCGGAGACGGAGAAGGUGCUGCGACGGCGUCCUUGCGCCAUCGACGCGACGCUUCGACGUCGUCACUUGACCCUCAGAGAGGCUUCACGAGAGAGCCGCGGUCGCGUGUCGCGACGCGGUCCGAACCGGCUCGAAAUCCAAAAACAAACGACCCACGACCCGCACUCCCGGAGACGACGCGCAUCGACGCCCCUCGACCGUAUUUAUGAACACAGGCCGAGCAGCAGAUCGUGGUCACGGAAACGCGCGCGAAGGAACAGGAAAGAAUUGCGUAUUCGCUGGAGGCCGAGAUGGCGACCUUCAAGGACGAGACGGUGAAGCAGCGCAAGCGGAUCUACCAGUUGGAGAAGGAGCGGGAAAGGUACGGCGUCGAGGCGGCGGAGCAGCGGAACCUGUGCGCUCGCCGCGUGUUGACGUGUUGCCUUCGACUCGUCGCCAGGAACGAUGGCCGGGGGUGGUCUCUUUUUUGCUGAAGAGGCCGUUCGGACCGCGUCGAGACGCGACGGCCCCGACGCGGUCCGAGACGGCUCAAAAUCGACGAAAAGACCAGCCACGGCCCGCUCUCCCCCCGACGCCAUCGACGCGACGCGUGAGAGGAGACGAAGACACGAAAUGCGCCGCGCAGGUACACGGCGUGCCUCGAGGAAGUCAAGCUGCGAGACAUGCAGCUCUUACAGCUCCAGAAGGAGAUUUCUGAAUGGGAAGCGAAGCUCAAGCAGCAGCAGCACCUGUACGAGGCCGUUCGCUCGGACCGAAAUUUAUAUAGUAAAAACCUCCUCGAGGCGCAGGACGAAAUUUCGGAGAUGAAACGAAAGGCGAAAAUUCAAGCGCACCAGCUCGGCCAAUUGAAGGAGGAGAUCAGUGGCAAGGACGCGGCGCUCGUGAAAAUAAGCUUCGCGCACAAGAAAAUCGACAAGCAGUGCUGACUCGGCGUCCAAUGCUUAACUUGAACUUUGGGAAGAUGGCGUCGACGCGACGCCGUCUCCAUGAUCAUCGGAGCGUCUACGCGUCGCGCGAGCGAGCCGCGGCCGUGUCGCGACGGUCUCGACGCGCAGGUACGAGACGACGCGGAACGAGGUCUCGAAGAUGAAGAAAUUCAUUUCGGCGAACGAAGAAAUUGUAGCUAAACAAGAUGCGGAGAUCCGGCGGCUGGCGUCGAUGAUUCGCCGCAUGGACGACGACGCGCGCUCGCGGCGUUUUACGAAGGUGCCUUCGCUUCGAUGCGACUCCAGCGCUGGGUGUUUUUUUUUCGACUUUUGGGGCCAUUCGGACCCCGAAUCGCGCCCGAAUGCCCUCGAAAUCAAAAACGAAACCACUCUCAUGGAAGUGAGGUGGACACGACGCGCGUCACGACCGCGACGCUCCGCGCAGGCCCUCACGCAGCGGAAGGAGUACGACUCGGUCAUUAAUGAGAGAGAUAUUCUGGGGGCGCAGGUGAUCCGUCGCAACGACGAGAUCGGCUUGCUCCAGGAGAAGCUCAAGAUUCAGCAUUCUACUCUCACUCGUGGCGAGGAGCAGUACAGCGCUCGGGUCCACGACGUGCAGGUCUUGCGGCUCAAGAUCCGGGACAUGCAGCGCGAGGUCGCCGUGGCGUCCGGCGGUGCGCAGCUCAGUGACGAUUUAAGAAGGGACCUGUUGCAGUGCCGGCGAGACUUGUUGGAGGAGAAGGCCAAGUGCGAGCUCCGCGUCUUGACGUGUUUUGGUGGUUUCCCUUCGUUGCUGGGACUCGUAUCAUGUUGUGGGUGAUUUCUUUUUUGCUGAAGAGGCGAUUCGGACCGCGUCGGGGCCGUCGCGGCGUGUCACGCGUCGAUGGCGUCAGCGCGACGCCACGCCACCGCGACGCCGUCUUCAUGAUCCCACGAGAGUCUACGGACCGCGUCGAGCGACCGCGACGCCCCGCGCAGGUGCAAGGCCCUCUCCGAGGAGAUCGAGACACCGUUAAAUAUUCAUAGAUGGAGGCAAUUGGAAGGCAGCGACCCGGCCCAGCUCGAGAUGAUCCAGAAGGUCCAAACUCUGCAAAAACGGCUCAUCCAGAAGACCGAAGAGGUCGUGGAACGCGACUUAUCGUUACAAGAGAAGGAACGGUUGUACGACGAGCUGAAGGCGAUUCUGGCCAGACAGCCCGGUCCCGAGGUGGCCGAGCAGCUGUCGGUCUACCAGUCGUCGCUGCGCGGCAAGACCCGCCAGAUGAAGUCGAUGGCGUCGGAGCUCAACAUGUACCAGGCCCAGCUGUCCGAGUACAAGUACGAGGUCGAGCGGCUGACGCGCGAGUUGCAAGAUGCGAAAAGGAAGUACUACGAGUCGAAGCGGCGAGAUCAGUUGGCGCGGGAACUCGAUGCGGAAGAGCGGGAUCUCGGGGCGCUGCAGGCCCAGACGCAGUUGGCUGCUUCACAAAGCGCGAAGACGCGGUUUACCGGUGGCGGGUUCGCGAUCCGAUGAACAUUUGGCGUGGGUAAGUGG